CUGAUCUCAAGCAGUUUGUGUUUGAGAGAGAGAAGACUGGCGAUAAACACGUAACGGAACAAGGAGAUAGCAGGUAGAGGAGGGAACAUGGAGGUUGGUGAGCAGUAGCCAGGAGAAGAGAUCGCCAUGUAGCCAGAGGAGUGAAGGAAAGAGUUGUGGAGAUAGACUGGGGAUCACAAACAAGCCAGGUCAGCGUGGCUUGUAGGCCAGGAUAGAGAUGUUAUUUUAAGCACAGUGGGAAGUGACUGUUUUAGUUUUAGUUUUGCUUUUCAGCCUGCACAGUUGAAAACAGAAGGAAUUGUCAGUAUUUUAAGCAGGGGAAGGUAGGAUGGGGGAAGUCAGAGAGCAGCUGAGGUGGAGUAGGUGAGCAAAAAUGGCUUCCCUCCCCUUCUAGGUUCCUUGGUGGGUUAAACAUUAAAUUGACAUGAAGCAGAGGAACAGGCGAAACCCCACACUUAAUUACCUACUCCAAGAACGGUUAUAUGAGUGACAGCAUCCUGAGCUACAAGAACAAGUGUUUUCAGCUUUUGAAGGAGGAAUGGCAAGACUUGAGAAGAUGAGGGGAGAUGUAAGGUGAAUAGAGGCUUUUUUUUUAUACAAAGUCUCCCAUGGAACAAGUCUCACAGCAGCCCGGAAAUGAGAAGGAGAUAGGCUAUCUGGGCAUGGUGUCAACCUCAUCUCCUGCUUGAUCUUCCAUGGAUGGAUCACCCAUGUGAAGAAUGUCUCAGAAAGUCAAACUGAUCAAGGAGCUGCUAGCUGACAUUUCACAUGCCCAUGUGAGGCCCUGGAUGGGGACAGUGAAAGGACACCCAGGAAUCCUCCUUUGACACAAAGCACCCAGCUCCCCACCUCCCAGCUCACUGCUCUCUGCCAGCAGCAUGGCCUUCAACGGCAAGUUCGAGUUUGAGAGUGAGAAGAAUUAUGAUGAAUUCAUGAAGCGCAUUGGUGUCUCCAGUGAUAUCAUUGAAAAGAAACGUAACUUGAAGAUCAUCACCGAGGUCCAGCAGAAUGGACAGGACUUCAUCUGGUCCCACAACUACUGUGGGGGUGAGGUCUUGACCAACAAGUUCACCAUUGGCAAAGAAUGCGAAAUGCAGACCAUAGCAGGCAAGAAGUUCAAGGCCACUGUAAAGAUGGAGGGUGGGAAGGUGGUGGCAACCUUCCCUAACUUUCAGCAGACCUCGGAGAUCGUGGGUGACAAGCUAGUGGAGGUCUCCACCAUUGGGGAUGUGACCUAUGAGCGGGUGAGCAAGAGGCUGGCCUGAGCCACUAAGCCAGGCUCCAGUGGAAUCUGCCCAUUAAUAAAACUGCUCCCUGCACAGACACCGCUUGCUCCAGUGUCUUUGUUUCCAUUUUCUUGUGCCUUGGAGGCAGCGUCUGGUUGGCUGGGGGUGGGAAAGCUUCCAAGGAUGGCUGCACAGGUCAAAUGUCAGUGCUGAGGUUCCUAUGGGGUCUACCAUGGCAGAGAGAGGUGUUAAUGUUGAAUGUGGAUGCAGUAUUUCCCAUCCCUGGAAAAGGCCGCAGGUGGAGCAUGGUGGCACAUGUUGGUGAACAACUUGUACCACUGAGA